CGGGUCACAGAGGUCAUCUACUCAAUGAUAAAAUGCAGUCGUAACUGUAAAAACAAAACGUGCGGGAUGAGCACUGUUAUUACAUAAUACUGGUACGUGGAUGUUACAUUUCUGAAGUUGCCGAUAUGGGAUUCGCAUGAUGGUUGAUGCAAAGAUUACUAAACGAUGGCACUAUCGCUCAAUGUGUACCAGGACAAGAAACUAUCCUGUAUAGUUAGGAUUGGGAGCUAUUGUGACUGGAAAGGCACCGUCAUUAGUACACCUAUUUGGAAUCAGGUGAGCCAUAUGAACGAGUAACGACACAGCAACAUGGCUGACGACGAUAUCAUUAAGCAGGCAGCAAUAAGGAGAGAGAGAAACAAAUCUAAAAACAGGAUUGGUGGUGACUUGUUUGUAGACGGUCCACGUACUCCUAUACCGAGCCCAAGACAGGAUCCUAGGGGAAGGAGAUCACAAUUGGUAUCUAAUGGUGCAGUUUCUGAUAUAACAGAUCGUGAGCAACCACAAGUUGACAGGGACCUACUUAUACCACGGCGUAUGAAUACUCACAGACGUAGUUUUGGUAACGUCGAAAAAACGACAUAUCACACCACGAAGCGUUCUGUAACAGACACGCCCUGUCUGCCCUUUAUAGAGUGUAAGCUUAAUGGUAAGAGUGUGAAGGCCCUACUCAACACAUGUGUGAUGUCAUCGAUCAUAAACAGACACAUGUUCCAACACAUUUUCGGCUCGGACGAGAAUAUGAAGUUUAUGGGAGACAUGGCUACGGGUGUUCCGAUUACAAUAGAGGAACGGACGCUACAAUUUGACUUCCACACUAGAGGGGAUAUACCGGAUGUCGUACUUGGUCUGGACUUUCUUACAUCAUUUAAGUGUUCUCUGAAUCUCGGUGACAAGACGCUUGCGCUAGGCUCUGUGAGUGACAGUGAUUACGUGUGUACAAAACUCAUAAGUGACCGAGAGUUACCCCUCAGGUAUAGAACGGGGACGAAUCUAGCAGCAUCAGUAUAGUCCUUGUGAUGUCGACCCAUUGACCUGCCGAAUUCCAUCCAUUUUAUACACAGAUUGGUAUAUUUUGUUCAGACAGUGGAGUUGAUCUUAUUAAGAGUAUUCGCUACCUAGCUGAUGCAUGUAUAUAGAUAGAUAAUUGGUUUUAAUUCAAGGAUACAGAAAACAUAUAAUGACUUAUAAGGUAAUACUGUAAUAACUUAAACUAUAGCCUACAUGUACAACAGUUAACAGAAAAACAACCAGGGUAAUACAUCAUUGGUUCGAGAUAGGGUUUUGAAAAUUUCUUAUUUUUUGUUUUAGUUUUUGUUAUAUUAUUUUUUGUUUAUCCUCAUUAAUAGUAAUAUAAUAUAGAGUAAUCGAGAAUAUCGCAAUUUUAUAGCGGUUUCAUGCACUAAAUGAUCCUAUUUGUAGCCAUAGUUCUCUUAAUUAUACUGGCGGAGAUAACAGUACAUGUGCUGACAUGUAAAGUAAAUCUACAGGUAAUUAAUUGACCCACAUGUUUUCAUAAACUUGCCCGAUUUAUUUAAAAACCUAGAAAAUAUGAGAGUCGUUUUACUGAAAUGUUAGCUUUUAGUGGACUCCAGACUUUAUAGCUUUAAUCAAAACCACAAGAGAUGAUGAUAUUAACGGUUUCAACUUAAUUUUUGUUGAAUGGAAGGUUUUUUGAGGACUUCUCAGCUUUAUUUUAUUUUAUUUCUUAUUAAUUUUCAUGUUCUACAUUUGUACCUGAACAUAUAUGUAAUUAAAACACAUCAAGUAUUGAUUAUAUGAGAACAUCUAACUUUAAGCUAGCCUUAGGAAACGAUAAAGAUUUAUUCGAUUAUACCUUAACAUUUAAUCAUGUUAUAAAAAUAAAAUAUGCAUUUGUUGUUUGUUAGUAUACAUCAUAUUUCUCUAUUUUGUACACCUAUGGUACUGUUUUAAUGCCAGUGUUUUUGGCAUGAAUUGUUACAGAUUGGCUUCAGCCAUUUUUGGAGGUUAAGCUAUUAUUCAACACUUCGUGUAAAUAAAUACAUGUAUGUUGGUAGAUAAUAUUGAUAACUGCUUUUGAAUUGGAGGAAGCAGUUUGAAACAAUAGACAUGAACGCAUAGGAAAUGACUAUUUUUUCGUUGUUGUAUGGUAAUUGAUUGGCGCAAUACAUAUUUUACCGAGGCUAGUUAAAAUAAAAUUUUAGUGAUUGGAAUAUGAAUCGAUGAACAAAUCCCUCCAUCCACCCAUCAAUAAAGGCAAUCAAAAUAGCAUUCACCCGAUCAUAGUGUGUAUCUGCUCAGUAUGUGUUUGACAUAUCACCAUGUUUCCUGUUUUACACUCAGAGCAGGAGGCUUCGGAUGUCAUAUCAUGAACAUAAAAACUUGAUCAGAAGAGCAUGGUAGUUAGCUCCCUUAUUUCAAAAAGUUACAUGAUAUUCUGUAAUGCAGCACAGUUAUAAACAGCUGCACCAGACAAAUCGACCAUCACGAAUCCUAAGUUUGUUACAUCAGAAUGUAGAAUUAUAUUCUCAAAUCACUAAGGUAUAAAUGAUAUUUAUAUAAUAAUGUGUAACUCAAUAUGUUUAUUGAUGGCUGACAAAUACAAUUUAUUCGGGAGAAAAGCCAUUUUGGACCUAUUAUCAGAUUUUUAGGGAAAUAUUGUUACUGUUGUGACGUUAAAGAA